GGCACGAGCAGAUGACAAGAGAAGAGGUUCCACUCCUCGCGCACUGGCAGCUGAUGAAGUCAACAAGAAGGAAGAAGACGGAGCUGAGAUCGAUGCCGCCGUUCUGGAAUGUGGUUUAGAUGCGUUUCGGGAAUAUUUAACACCAGGAUCGGUCUUAUUUAUGUGUUGACAUCAUCCGGAGAGGCUAAACAGAAGUGGACUUCUUCUCCUCGCCUCAGCAUGACCGCUUCUUACCAGAGCUGAGGCGCUGUAUUCAAAGACAGGAUUGGACACGACGAGUGGCAAUAUUUUAUUUACAUUUUGAAUUCAUCGAGGCUACACAUUUGUGAAAUGGAGUCUUCGCCCAGCAGCGGAGGGGAGCGCAAGAGUAUGGACCACAGCCUCAGGCGGCUGAAACAGGAGCUGGUGUGUAUGCGUGAGGCAGGGGAGGGGCUUGAGGCCCAGAUGUCCUCCAUGAUGGGCGCUCUACAGGAGCUGAAGCUGCUGCGACUGCAGACGGCUCUGGAACGCCUGGACCUGUCCUGCAACACACACACACACACACGCGGCCCAGACACACACACCUCAAACACACACACACACACACGCGGCCCAGACACACACACCUCAAACACACACACACACACACGCAGCCCAGACACACACACGUCAAACACGCACACACACGCCCUGGACACACACAUGGCAAACACACACACGCACACACACAUCUCCUGCCAGACCAUAAACUCGCACAAUGACAUGCAGACACAAACACACACGCAGAUACACAUCAACUCACACACGCAGACACACACACGCACGCGCACGAACACCCAAACGUACACACGCGCGAACACGCAAACGUACACGCGCCGCAGCCAACCGCUGUUUGAGGAGAUCCCGUUCCCCGACCCCCCUCCCCCCGAGGACCUCCUCUCUGAUCUCCCUCCCCCCGAGGAAGAGGAAGACCUCCUCUUCAACACCCUCCCCAAAGCCCCACGCCUCCUCAACUCCCCCCUCCUCUCCGAUGCCCUCUCCCUCUCUGAUGUCUCCAUGGAGGAGGCCAGCUCGCCCCCACCUCCUCCUCCUCCUCCUCGCCCCCGCAAGAAGAAGAGGCGCUCCUCACACCAGGAGAUCCUCAACUCCUCCACCUCCUCCUCCUCCUCCUCCUCCUCCUCCUGCUCUGCGCCCUCCUCCAGGUCAGGCCAGGGUUUGAGGUCGGAGAGGAGCAGUGUUCACUCUGGCCACAGCGCCUCCGGCUGUGAGGAGGGGAACUCCACCUGCUCCUCCUCCUCCUCCUCCUCCUCUGAGGGUUCCGGUUCCGCUUCCGGAACCAGCUCUGCUUCCGGAACCACCUCUAGUUCUGGCUCAGGUUCCAGUUCCGGGUCUGGCUCCAGCUGGUCGUCUGAGGGUGGUGGGGGCCGUAAGAGCAAGAGGAAGCCUGGUCGUCAUGGUGAUGCUGCUGGAGACCCCCCCGUGGCGCCCCCCCCUCGCCCCCCCUCCCUCUCAGACCUGCAGGAGCUGCUGCUGUGUCUGUCCAGACAGGGCCCCCCCUUACGCUCACACACACACUCGCUGGGGGCGGGAGAGGGGGCGGGAGAGGGCGACGAGGAUUGGCCCUCCUCCCUGAUGAGCAGCAGGCGUACUCGACAGCCAUUGGUCCUCGGCGACAGCUUCCUGGCCGACCUGGUUGGUAAUUGGCUGGACCUGCCGGAUGUGGGCGGGUCUAACGGGGAGGAGGAUGAGGAAGUGAUGUCGGGGGAACACGGGCACAAGGCGUUAGACCACGCCCCCCGCAUGUCACGAACUCAGGAGCUUCGCAGGCGGUUGGCGUUGACCACGGGCCUGUUCAAGAAGGUUCUGCGCAGCGUACGUCCGGAUCGGGACCGCCUCCUGAAGCAGCGACCCGGCUGGCCCGACCCGACCGACCCCGCCCCCGCUCUGCACCCCUCCUCCGCCCUCCUCCUACACCCCCCCGGGGCCGAGCAGCGCCUCUCCAAACGCACACGCAAGGCCACCAGCGCCGCCGCGGCCGCCGCCAAGCCCAAAGCUCCGCUGUACCGGCCCUUCUGGAGCCGCAAGGGGAAGCCCGGCGUCGCCCUGCCCAGCGACAAGCUCCCUCCCCUGGGCAUCGGCCCGCCGCGACUCCCCCUGGGCACCGCCGGGAUGGAGAUGCUGAGCGGCGGGGGGGUCUGGGUGCCCAUGGAGGGGGGGUGCCCGCUCUUCGACCCCAACGCCGCCAUAUGGGUGUGAGGGGACGGACAGACGGCUGUGUGGAGGAGGGAUGGCAGACACACACACACAC